GUGAGAUUUUUCCGCUUAAAGUUGAAAGAGAUGCCAAAAUCUAUCAUAACGUUGGAGACAUGCGAAAGUGACUCUGCAAGGUCGAUUUGAACUCUACUAACCCUACCGUUUCCGUUUUUUUCCUCUCUCUCCCUCGUCUGACUACAAGGGGCGUUGAACGAAUUACUUUCCGCUGGCUGGUUCCGAGAGCCCGGCCUCUUUUCUCAUUGGACUGCUCAUCCAGACCAAGCUGUCAGCCCAUGUGGCGUGGCUGGGCACAAUGUGCGACAUUUAAAUUCACCAGAGGGGAAAAGAGAAAACAGUCAAGAACGGAUGCUGCGUUUCACAUCGUUGCUAGUCGAUACAGAACCCCCUCCCAUCUUGGACCGACUAACGGGAUCAACAACACAUGCCCCUGAAGCACCUUUAGCAUCACAUCCAAACAGUUCUUGUAUCGGCUUCUUCAAAUCAGACGACACAGACAUAAAGCAUGGAUGACAUCGUCAUUACCGGUAUAUCGGGCCGGUUGCCCGAGUCGGACAACCUGGAGGAAUUUUGGGAGAACCUCAUCAAUGGAGUCGACAUGGUGACGGAGGAUGAUCGUAGGUGGACGCCAGGCCUGUACGGUCUGCCAAAGAGGAACGGUAAACUGAAAGACAUCAGCCAUUUUGACGCAGCAUUCUUUGGAGUCCAUCCCAAACAAGCAAACACCAUGGACCCUCAGCUCCGCCUCAUGCUGGAAGUCGCUUAUGAGGCUAUAGUAGAUGGCGGACUGAACCCCGCUACUCUGCGUGGCAGUAAGACAGGCGUCUACAUUGGCGUGAGUGGCUCAGAGGCUGGUGAGGCGUUCAGCAGAGAUCCAGAAGAGCUUCUCGGCUACAGCAUGACUGGCUGUCAGCGUGCCAUGUUGGCCAACAGACUUUCCUACUUCUUUGACUUCAAUGGCCCCAGCACAGCCAUAGACACGGCCUGCUCCUCCAGCUUGCUGGCUUUAGAAAACGCCUUCCAUGCCAUUCGCUUAGGUCACUGCGACGCUGCCUUGGUCGGAGGAGUGAACCUGCUUCUUAAGCCAAACACAUCGGUUCAGUUCAUGAAACUAGGCAUGCUAAGUCCUGAUGGGACCUGCAAGUCCUUUGAUUCCUCAGGUAACGGGUACUGUCGAUCUGAGGCAGCCGUGGCAGUUUUGCUGACAAAGCGGUCAGCAGCUAGAAGAAUUUAUGCUACAGUGUUGAAUGCUGGCAACAACACAGAUGGAUACAAAGAGCAAGGAGUAACAUUUCCUUCAGGUGAGAUGCAACGGACUAUGGUUCAUUCUCUCUAUCAAGAGGCAAACAUCAAACCCGAGCAGGUUGAGUACAUUGAAGCCCAUGGCACUGGAACAAAGGUCGGCGACCCACAGGAAGUUAAUGGUAUUGUCAGUGUGUUCUGUCAAUCCAAUCGAGAGCCACUGCUUAUUGGGUCUACAAAGUCCAACAUGGGCCAUCCAGAACCGGCAUCUGGGCUGGCUGCCAUGGCAAAGGUGUUACUGUCUCUGGAAAAAGGCGUUUGGGCUCCAAACCUACACUUCAACAGUCCUAACACUGACAUUCCUGCCCUCACUGAUGGUCGCGUUCAAGUGGUUGACCGGCCUAUCCCUGUACGUGGAGGCAUCGUAGGCAUCAACUCCUUUGGAUUCGGGGGCUCAAAUGUCCACGUGAUCCUCCGUCCCAAUGAAAGAAGUGCUCAGACUCAGGCUGACAAUAGUAAGCCAACCAGGACGGUCCCUCGGGUGCUUCAAGCUUGCGGGCGUACAGAAGCUGCUGUGAACUUACUGCUUCAAAAGGCUAAGGAAAACCAUGUCGAUGACAGCUUCCUGUCUCUUCUCAACGGAGUGUCCGAAAGUCCUACUACUGCAAUGCCCUACCGAGGUUACACACUGAUUGACUCACAGACUGAUAUUACCGAGGUACAGCAGGUGCAGGCCGCUCCAAGACCACUCUGGUACAUAUGCUCAGGUAUGGGGACGCAGUGGGCGGGCAUGGGUCGCAGCCUCAUGCAGCUACAAGACUUUAAAGAAUCCAUAAUGCGGUCGGACAAGGCACUGGAAGAAACGGGUCUGGUCGUGUCUCGCCUUCUAAUGGAAGCUGAUGAAGCUACUUUUGAAGACACCAUUAACGCCUUUGUUGGUCUAGCCGCCAUACAGAUAGCCCAGAUAGACCUGCUGAGUAAAUUGGAUCUGCGGCCGGAUGGAAUUGUGGGCCACUCUGUGGGGGAGUUGGCAUGUGGCUACGCUGACGGCUCCCUCAGCCAAGAGGAGGCCAUUCUGGCUGCGUACUGGAGAGGACGUUGCAUCAAGGAAGCUGAACUUCCUCCUGGGGCCAUGGCUGCAGUGGGAUUGACCUGGAAGGAAUGUAUAGCUCGGUGUCCCAAGGGUGUUGUGCCAGCUUGCCACAACGCUGAGGAGACGGUCACCAUCUCUGGCCCUCAGGAGGCAGUUAGCAAGUUUGUGUCCGAGCUUAAAGAAUUGGGAGUGUUCGCGAAGGAGGUGCGUAGCGCUGGUGUGGCUUUCCAUUCCUACUACAUGGCAUCCAUCGCGCCAGCACUCUUAGCCGCCUUGAGAAAGGUCAUUAAGAGUCCAAGGUUGCGUUCAUCCCGUUGGGUUAGCACCAGCAUCCCCGAGUCAGAAUGGGAAUCGCCUCUGGCUCUUUGCAGUUCGGCUGAUUAUCACGUCAACAACCUUGUGAGCCCGGUUCUGUUCCAAGAGGGCCUCAGCCUAGUGCCUGACAACGCUGUGGUGUUGGAGAUAGCGCCUCAUGCUCUUCUUCAGGCCAUCCUCAAGCGUAGCCUGAAGAACACAUGUACUUCACUUCCCCUCAUGAAGAGAGGUCACCCAAAUAACUUGGAAUUUUUCCUCUCAAACAUCGGCAAACUUUACAUGAACGGCAUCAACUUGGAUGUGAACAGACUGUGUUCAGAGAUUAAAUAUCCUGUUCCUGUUGGAACGCCUAUGAUUUCCCCUUUGGUGCAGUGGGACCAUUCCCAGACCUGGGAUGUCCCUAAGACUGAGGACUUCUCCUCUGGUUCUGGCUCAAAUUCAACUAUAGUCUACAACAUCAACAUUAAUCCAGAGUCUCCAGAUUACUAUCUGAUUGGACACUGCAUCGAUGGGCGUGUCCUUUACCCGGCGACAGGUUACUUAGUACUGGCCUGGCGCACUUUAGUGAGAAGUCUGGGUCUUUUCAUGGACACGACUCCUGUUGUCUUUGAUGACAUCACCAUCCACAGGGCCACCAUCCUGCCAAAAACUGGCGUUGUCCAAUUGCAAGUGUCUUUCAUGCCGGCCACGAACAAGUUUGAAGUUUCAGAGAAUGGAAACUUGGCUGUCAGUGGAAAAGUCAGCGUUUUGGAGGACGCUGCCCUAGAUUCCUUCCACAGUCAAUUGAACCAAGAUGCUCCCAAAGACCAGGAGGACCACAAACUGAAACUUUCUGCACAUGAUGUAUACAAGGAACUCAGACUGCGCGGCUAUGAUUAUAGCGACGCCUUCAGAGGCAUCUUGGAAUCUAACAAUGCUGGUGACAAUGGCAAGUUGCAGUGGAUGGGAAACUGGGUUACUUUUCUAGACACCAUGCUGCAAAUGAUUGUUGUUGGACUCUCUGGCCGUAGUCUUCGUUUGCCAACCAGGAUUCGCUCGGUAUGCAUUGAUCCCGCUAUCCAUCUGGGAAAGGUCUACGAGUAUGCUGAUGGGAAGCAAGCUGUGACAGUCCACAUCAACCGCUGUCUUGAUAAAAUCACUGCCGGCGGAGUGCAGAUCAGUGGUCUACAUGCCACUGUGGCACCACGUCGACAGCAGCAGCAGAACCCCCCUACCCUGGAGGAGUUUGUCUUUGUUCCCUAUACGGAGACCGAGUGCCUGACGGCCAAUGGGAAGCUUACGGAGCAGCUACAGCUUUGUAAAGUAUUAAUCCACAGACUGCAGCGAAAGUUGGCCCCUCGUGGUAUGAACUUCAGCAUCCCAGGUCUGCAGGAAGUUUCAGAAAGCUCCUCUCCCAGCCCCGCAUCCUCAGAGCCUAGCUUGAUGAAGCUACUAACCACUCUUUGUGACCUGGAACUGAAUGGAAACCUUGGUUCAGAGCUGGAGCAGACAGUGGAAAAGGAGAGGGCAUGUUUGCUACAAGACGGUCUGCUGCGGGGCCUUCUGGAUGGCCCAGCUCUUCGGCACUGUGUGGACAUUGCCUUGGAAAAUACUAUACCUGGCAAGAUCAAAGUCUUGGAAGCACUAUCCAGUGAUGGUCAGCUCUUCUCCCGUGUAGUAGAUAUCCUCAACAUUCAGCCCAUGCUGCGUGUGGAAUAUGUUGCCACGGCAGCCAACGAGGAUCUUAUGGCUCCCCACCAGACCACCCUGGAGGAGUUGGCUACCACUACAGCACAGUGGGACCCUCUAUUGGGCACUGCUCCUGGAGGUGCAGCUGGAGGGGCUGACUUAGUUGUUUGUAACCAUGCUUGGGGCCCUCUAAGAGUAGACCCUCAUCUGCUGGUGAAAAAUCUAGCUUCUGGAGCCAGGCAAGGGGGAUUUGUUCUCCUUCACACGUUGCUCAAAGGAGAAACUCUUGGGGAAACGGUACACUUCCUCUCAAGAAUUAAUGACAGCAAGAAUCAGCGUGGACUGCUCACACAGACUGAGUGGGAGAGCGUGUUUGCCGAGGCUUCACUUAACCUGGUGGCUGUCAGGAAGUCUUUUUACGGCUCGGCGCUCUUUCUCUGUCGAUGUCCGUUUACUAUCCAACAACCAAUUGUCGUUGCUGUUGAUAGUGUUGACUACAAGUGGGUGGAAACACUCAAGGAAGCACUUGCCGAGCCCUCAGAUUCUCCAAUUUGGUUGACUGCUUCGCAAUCGCACUGUGGCAUCGUGGGAAUGGUCAACUGUCUGCGACAGGAACCUGGCGGUCUCCGAAUACGAUGCUUAUUUGUGUCAAAUCUAAAUGGCUCGGCUGAAGCGCAGCUACAGCAGUUUGACGAUCCAUCCAUGCAGGCGGUGCUCAAGAGGGACCUUGUCAUGAAUGUAUUCAGAGAUGGGCACUGGGGCGUCUUCAGACACCAACAAAUAAAUCUCGAUCGAAAUGAAGACUUGACAGAGCACGCCUACGUUAACGUAUUGACUCGAGGAGACUUAUCGUCGCUUAGCUGGAUCGCCUCGCCCCUCUGCCAUUUUGUUCCCUCCAACCCCAAUGUGCAGCUGUGUCGUGUCUAUUACAGCUCGCUCAACUUUAGAGAUAUCAUGCUCGCCACUGGCAAGCUUCCGCCAGAUGCUAUACCAGGGGACCUUGCACUGCAGCAAUGUAUGCUAGGUAUGGAAUUUUCUGGUCGUGAUCCAAGCGCUCAACGUGUGAUGGGACUGUUGCCUGCUAAAGGCCUGGCAACAUGUGUGGAUGCAGAUAAAAGAUUCCUAUGGAAUGUUCCUCCUAAAUGGACUCUAGAGCAAGCUGCCUCAGUGCCGGUGGUCUACGCCACAGCCUACUACUCUCUAGUGGUUCGUGGCAGGCUGCGCCCUGGAGAGAGUGUUCUCAUUCAUUCUGGAUCAGGGGGUGUCGGGCAAGCUGCCAUUGCCAUUGCCCUCAGCAAGAAUUGCAAAGUCUUCACAACAGUUGGCUCGGCAGAAAAACGAAUUUACCUGCAGGAGCGGUUCCCACAGCUUUCUGAAGAGUCCUUCGCUAAUUCCAGAGAUACAUCUUUUGAACAGCACAUCCUUCUCCACACUCAGGGCAAAGGUGUGGAUGUGGUGCUGAACUCUCUGGCUGAGGAGAAGCUGCAAGCUAGCAUUCGCUGUCUCGCACGACAUGGACGAUUCUUGGAAAUUGGCAAAUACGAUCUUUCUAACAACUCCCCUCUGGGUAUGGCUCUGUUCUUGAAGAACGUGGCAUUCCACGGCAUAUUGCUGGACGCCCUCUUUGAAGAAGGCAAUCGUGAGUGGGAGGAGGUGUCGCAGCUGUUUCAAGAGGGCAUUACGGCCGGCGUGGUCCAGCCUCUAAAGACUACAGUGUUCGAAAGAGAUCGUGUAGAAGAGGCUUUCAGAUACAUGGCACAGGGCAAACAUAUCGGCAAGGUCCUGCUGCAGGUAUGUCAGGAGGAGACAGAUAGAUCAGUCCAUACUGCUUCCGGUUUAACUAUCCCGGCCCUUCGUCGUACCUACUGCCUUGCAUCACACUCCUAUAUCAUCACCGGGGGACUCGGGGGCUUCGGCCUCGAACUUGCUCAGUGGCUAACUGAAAAAGGGGCACGUAAACUAGUGCUAACUUCCAGAUCGGGAAUCAGGAAUGGGUACCAGGCAAAGCGUGUGAGUGAAUGGAAAAGUCAGAAUGUGGAAGUCUUGGUGUCAACCAGUGACGUCAGCACACUUGAGGGAGCAAAAAAGCUGAUUGCUGAGGCUUCCACGCUGGGUCCAGUCGGUGGGGUAUUCCACCUCGCAAUGGUGUUGAAAGACGGGAUGCUGGAAAAUCUGACUCCUCAGCAGUUCCUUGAUGUUAACAAACCUAAAUAUGAUGGCACCGUAAAUCUAGAUAAAGUCACAAGAAAAUCCUGUCCAGAGCUGGCCUACUUUGUCGCGUUCUCUUCGGUCAGCUGUGGCCGCGGCAAUGCUGGCCAAAGCAAUUACGGUUACGCCAACUCGACCAUGGAACGCAUUUGCGAGAAGCGGUGUCACGACGGUCUCCCCGGGCUCGCGGUCCAAUGGGGAGCCAUCGGGGACGUGGGCGUGGUGCUGGAGACGAUGGGUGGCAACGACGCAGUAAUUGGCGGCACCUUACCGCAGAGGAUCGCCUCAUGCCUUAACGUGCUUGACCAAUUCCUGUGCCAGCGGAACCCGGUGAUGUCCAGCUUCGUGCUGGCCGAGCGCACCGUCGUAAAGAACGAGGCGGGGAGCCAGAAGGAUUUGGUGGAAGCCAUAGCUCACAUUCUGGGCGUGCGGGAUGUCAACAGCCUGAAUGCCGAUGCCUCGUUAGCCGACUUGGGCCUGGACUCGUUGAUGGGCGUUGAGGUUCGUCAGACGCUCGAGCGCGACUACGACAUCGUUAUGGCCAUGAGAGAGAUUCGGCAACUUCCCAUCAACAAGCUGCGCGAACUCUCCAAUAAGAAGCCAGAAGGAUCAAAUGCAAAAAAGGACGUCAUUCGCACCUUGUCAGAGUCGAAUCUGACUGAACUACUAGUCAACCCGGAUGGUCCCACGGUGACUUUACUCAACGAUGUACAGAGCCAGGAGAGGCCGCUGUUUCUCAUCCACCCAAUCGAAGGUUCCAUUACGGCCUUCAAGACACUUGCCUCCAAGCUUAGCAUACCUUGCUACGGCUUGCAGUGCACCAAAGAUGCUCCUCUGGACAGUAUCCAGUCUUUGGCAGCGUACUACGUGGAUUGCAUCAGUCAAGUUCAGCCGGACGGGCUUUACCGAAUCGCCGGGUACUCGUUCGGAGCCUGCGUGGCGUUUGAAAUGUGCACUCAGCUGCAGAACCAGAACCGACCCGUGGAGAAUCUCUUCCUAUUUGAUGGGUCACACUCGUACGUGGCAGCCUAUACACAGAGCUACAGGGCCAAGCUGACGCCAGAUAAAGAAUCUGAGGCUGAAACAGAAGCGUUGUGUGCGUUCAUCCAGCAGUUCACGGACUCUGAGUACAGCAAGCUUCUGGAGGCUCUUCUCCCGCUGCCAGAUUUGAAAGCUCGUGUCAGUGCGGCGGUGGACCUCAUCACAUCCACUCACAAGAACAUACGCAGAGACUUGCUCAACUUCGCAGCCUCUACCUUUUACUGUAAAUUGAAGGCAGCCGACAGGUACGUCCCUGCUACCAAAUACAAUGGCAACGUGUGUCUCCUGCGCGCCAAAACCAGCAGCGAAUACGGACAAAACCUGGGAGCGGACUACAAGCUCAGCGAGGUAUGUGACGGCAAGGUGUCUGUCCACGUCAUUGAAGGUGACCAUCACACAGUUUUGGAAGGAGAGGGAGUGGAAUCGAUCAGCAAUAUCAUUCACAGCUCACUAGCUGAGCCAAGAGUCACAGCAAGGGAGGGUUAAAAAAAAAAAAAUCUACAUUUCUCACGCAUAUUCCACUUCCCACAAAAUCUUUGUUAGGAUUAUCUAUGUUGUUAGUUUAAUUUAAGGAAUAUCCUAACUCAGUCUUGUGUGUACCUGUUUACAUUAUGUGCCAUUUUUGUUUGAUUGCCCCAUUAUCCAAAAUAUUUUUUCGAUUGAAAAGAAUUCACUCCCUCCCAGAACGUGAAACUGCUGUCUUACCCUUUUUGGAUAGAAGGUAUGUGCUUUGUACAGAUGAGCCGAAAUGUCAUUUAUUGGAUUUUAAGUACUUUCCACAGUUGAAGCCAACUAGAAAAUUGUCAGAUUAGUAAUCAUUUUAAGUGCAAACAUUUUCAUGUGUCUGUUAUAACAGGGUAGCUUCGCGAUAAUCACAAAGCCACGCUUUUGUUUUGUUUUUUUUGGUGACACUUUAUUUGACAGUCAUAAAACCAUCAUAAUUAUGACGUGACACAGUCAUGAGCAUUAAUGAAUGCUUAUAAUAGAGAUGUCAUUAAGUGUCAUCCGGCAAAUGUCACUUUUGAAUGGAUGUAAAAGAUGCGGACUGGACAUAAAUUUAGCUAGAUCAUCUGUCAUAAGCAUUCAUUAAUGCCCAUGACAAUGUCAUGUCAUGUUUAUGACAGUCUUAUGACAUCACUGUCAGUUUUUUUUUGUUAGUAUUAUGUUAAAACGGGGAUAUUUAUGAAAUUAAUGUUAUAUAGCUUACCCUGACUCAUAAUGAAAUAAGACCACAGUGAUUAUUGGUAAGCAGAGGUGUGGUCUUAAGAUGUGAGAAGGGGUCAGUUCAGCCGACCUUUGAAUUAUGGCGAUAAAAAAAGUAGCAGUACUGAAUAUUUUGUCUGACACGUGUAGUAUUGCUCAGUUUAAACCUCUUGAUACUAACAUUGUAAUUGUAGCUUAAUGCAGCUCUGAUGAGGUUGCGGGUCCAGUUUGUACUGGGUUUUCUGCUGUUUGUGUUCUUUUGUUUAACUGUAUUAGUCUGUUCCCCCGUAAGCAGCUGAUCUCUGAGACUGCCGAUCUGGUCAAUGAAGGGAUGGGUGUCAAAUGACAGCAAAGCGAUAUGGUGCAAAUAUGUAUUUCUGAAGGCUACUGUUAGAGCUAAUAAAAUCCUCUUACUAGA